CAACCUUAUAUCUUUGUUUUAAGAUCCCUAGACACCGCAAUGUGGAGAGCACUGUUAUCACUGGCCGUGGCCAGUUACGCUCUGGUUCAGGCAGCUCCCCAGAACAAGGACAACUUGGACAGUCUCAUAUCGAAUGUGUUUGGACAACCUACACCCUCAACAGAGGCCACCAUCACCGAUCGAAACUCCAGUGGCAGUUUGGAUACUUUGAUAGACGGCGUGUUUGGCCCUGCACCAACGCCUCAGAGCAACCUAGGUACCCAGGGCUCGACGUCAACCACCAUCUUGGGCACGCAGAACAAGCCCAAGCCUCUGCCCGAUGACUGCGAAUGCGUGCCCUACUAUCAGUGCAACAACGGGACCAUUUUGGAUAACGGGGUUGGGCUGAUUGAUCUCAGGUCCGGUUUUGAUGACUAUCUCCCUGACAUUCACAACGAUGAAGCCUUUGGUCCUUGCGAGAACUACCUGGACGUCUGCUGCAAACCCCCAGACAGGAAAAAUGAAACCACUCCUUCACCGCCAGUAGUGAGAAAGGGUUGCGGACAACGAAACCCUCAGGGUGUUGGUUUCAGAAUCACCGGCGCCAACAACAACGAGGCCCAAUUCGGCGAGUUUCCUUGGAUGGUGGCGAUCCUUAAGGAAGAAACAAUCGGCGCGAACAAUCAGAAAUUGAACGUCUAUCAAUGCGGAGGUUCCUUGAUUCACAGACAGGCAGUGCUAACAGCUGCUCACUGCGUGCAAGGGAAGAACCCAUCAGAGUUGAGAAUCCGUGCAGGCGAAUGGGACACGCAAACCGUGCAUGAGAUAUUCCCGCACCAGGAUCGCAACGUGAAGCAAGUGAUCGUUCACAACGAGUACUAUCCUGGGGCUCUCUUCAACGACGUAGCCAUCUUGAUUUUAUCGGAGCCGCUUACGUACGCGGAGAACGUCGAUAUCGUUUGUCUUCCUGAACGGAACGCUGUCCUCGACGGAUCCCGAUGCUUCGCCAGUGGCUGGGGCAAAGACAUAUUCGGUAAAGAGGGUCACUACCAGGUAAUCUUGAAGAAAGUGGAACUCCCGAUCGUGCCACGCAACACGUGUGAGGGCAGUUUGCGGAAGACGAGAUUAGGAAAAUACUUCAAACUCCACGAGAGCUUCAUAUGCGCCGGCGGAGAGGCUGGAAAGGACACUUGCAAGGGUGACGGAGGAAGUCCGCUCGUGUGUCCGAGCAGAAACGAUCCCAGCAAGUACGUGCAAGCAGGUAUCGUCGCAUGGGGAAUCGGUUGCGGCGAAGACGGCACUCCAGGUGUCUAUUCCAACAUUCCAUUUUUACGCGAUUGGAUCGACGAGCAGAUGGCUUUCAACAAUUUGGACAACACCGUUUACAACCCUUGAACCUGACAAUAGACUGACUCGUUUCAUAAGUCUCUUUCAUAAAUAAAAAUCGCCACCCUCUGUCACCGACUAUCCUGCCUAACAACAUUUUUUUUUAGUAUUGUAACGAACAGAUGAAAAUAAACAUAGACGAGAGUGUUGAACUCACAAUAAAAUAUUACUACGUCGGAAAAAGAAAGAAAGAAUAAUUUUAGGAUUACCUUGGCUGGUUCGUUUAGCAGACAGGCCUUUUCCGAACGCUAAAAACUCGGACAAAAGGCUGGUUAAAAGGUACGAGCCAACAGCUGAGACGAACUCUUGAGUUAAACGGUAAUGGUCAUAAAACUAAAUUCGGUCGUAGCGGAAGAACAGUAACGUUCGCGCAUGUGUUUAGCAAACGAAGUGCUUUUAUGGCUGUGCCGUUCGAGUAACGUUCUCCAGACACCGUGCAGAAACGGUACCCCUUAUUGUGUUUUAAACCAUUUAUUUGAAAGGGUCGCGCGAUUGCCUCUUGGGAGCUUAUUGCAAAGAAACGUCAAUCGAGUUUAUUCACACGUGCCAGAGACACGCCUGUGUUUUAUUCUUUUACAGCGAUACAACUUCCACUUUCUGUUAGCUAGUUUACUUUCCUUGAAUAUUAUUUUCUUAAGUAUUGUAUCUUGACAUCUACAUUCAGCUAAUUAAAUAUUAGAAUACGAAUGCGUAGACAGUCGAAACUCUUAAAUUGAUAAUUAUUGUCUUGUGAUAUUUCAACGGAAUAAUAAAUAAUUCAUGUUGGAUCGUU